UGAAUUUAUUAUUUUAUAUUAAAAUACAAUAAUGUAUUAUAAUAAUUAUCAAUUUGUUCGUAUUAUUAUUGGAUGUAUAGGAAUAUUAUCAAUAUUAUCACAUAUUAUAGCAGCAACAUUAUGGAUCGCAUAUAUUAUAGGUUGGAGAACAAUACGUAAGUUAAAAUAUAUACAACAAAGACAAGAAAUUAAUCAACAUUCAUCUAUUACACCUUAUUCAACAAUUACAAAUACAAUAUCUUAUAAAAACAAUGUAAAUUUGCAACAACAUCAACACCACCAUCACCAACAACCACAACAACAAAGAAAAUCUAUAAAAUUACGUAAACAAAAUUUAACAUGGCCUAUAUGUUCAUUAAGAAUGUCUACUCAAAUUAUAAUAUUAUCAAUGGAAAUGAUUAAUAUAUUAGGUUGUUUUGAUUUAAUAAGAUUAAUAUAUCUUUUAAUUACUGGUAAUGAUUUACGUUUAAUAACAAAUGAUUUGUUAUGUAGAUUACAAAUAUUUUUAUCAUUUAUAAGUUGUGAUAUAUCUGGUUGGCAUUUUGUAUGUUUAUGCAUUGAACGUUGUUAUAUAACAUUAUAUCCUAAAAAAUUAUAUAGUAUGAAUCAUGAAUCUAUUGGACCAGCAUUAAUAAUGAUUCUAUUUGUUUAUAUUAUAAGUAUAUCAUCAAAUAUAUUUUUAUUAAUUACAAAACAACCAGUAUGUUCUGGUACAUUUAGAAGUAAUUCAAUAAAUGUAUUAAAAUUUUCAAUUACAUUUAUUAUACCGGUAUUAAUUGUUACUAUAUCAACAAUAGUUAUGAUAAUUGUAUUAAUUAAAUGGAAAUUAAAUAAUAUUAAAUUUGGUAUUAAAACAUUAUCAUAUCGUAAUCAUUCAAUAACAAUAAAUAAAACAAUCAAUAAUUCAAUGAAAAAUAAAACAUCAACUAUAUCAUUAAAACAUAUAAAUUCAAUAACAAAUCAAUUAACACAUAGUAACUUAAUGAAUUAUUCAAAUAAAAAACAAUCAACAUUAAUUAAGUUAAUUAUAUAUAAUACAUCAGCUAGAAUAACAGUAGCUAAAAUGAUGUUAAUUUGUGCUAUAUUAUAUUUAUUUAGUUUAUUAUCAUUAUUUUUAUUUGGUUCAAUAUAUGAUGAUUAUUGUUGUUUUUUAGUAGCAAAAAUUAAUAAUAAUUGGAAUGAUAAUUUAUUUAAUUUAUUGUCUAUAUUAUAUUGGUUUACACAAUCCAUAACUAGUUAUGUAUUAAUGUUAGGUGCUGUUAGUAUAAGACAUGAUAUACAAAUUAUGAUGUGGUAUAUAUGGUGUAAUAUUUUUAAAAGAAAUGAAUAAUACUACUACUACCACUACUGCUACUACUACUAAUAAUAGUCAUGUUAAUCAAUAAAUGAAAUUUUAAUUUGUUGUCAUGCUAUUUCUUUAAUUUAUUAUUGAAAUAUUUUAUUACUAAUGUACUAUAAAUAAAAUAGAUUAUAGUAAGUGUCAUUAUCUUUUUUAUUGAAUUUUUCUUCGUUUAUUUUUCUUUACAUUCUCAUUUUUUGUUUGUUUAUUUGUUUGUUUGCUCUAUUUUUUUUUGUUUGUUUGUUCAUUUUUGUCAUAAAGAAAUUUAAUUAAUUAUUUAUUUGUUGUUAAAUAAAAUAUUAAGUUAAUAUGUAAUGUACAUGAAUUUAAUGUUAAUUAUUUGUCAUUUAUAUUGUUUAAAAGUGUUAUAUAAUAAAUGUAGAUGAUUUUAUAGAUAAAAAAGAGGGUUUUUUAAGGAUGAGAAAUAAACAUACCUGAAAUAAGUAAAAAUGAAAGAAAAAGAAAAACAUGAACAUUCACUCGGUGUUGUUUACUUGUAUUUUCUCAUUGUUUGAAGUGAAUGGUAUUGGGUUCGAGUUUUAGAGUGAAUAUUAACACGGAGAUGCAGGUAUAUCUAGCUGAUCAGUCCUAAAUAGGAUGAAUAGCGCGUCCUGAAUUCAAUU